AUGGCCGCUGCCAUCGAAGUGAAUGCGCCGUUCCUGGGAGUGGACUCUGAUUCGGAGGAGGAGGACGAAGAAAUCGUGCCCACCACGGCAGUGAGCCGUGCAAGAAGCAGCGCUCCUCCUUUGCCAAAAGCCAUCAUCACAUCUAGGGGCGCCGACAUUCCCACCCCUACUUCAGUGAAAAGGCGGCAGAGCUUGGGAGGCCUGGCUUUGUCUACUGCUUUCACCGAGGCACAGCUUCUGUCAGCGUCGGACCGCUUUCGGGAUGCAUGGUCGAAGGUCCAGGCGCAUGAAUGGGACGUGCGGUCAUGGGCUGCUCUCCUGAGCGAAGCGCAGACCCAGCGCUCGGGGCGUGCAAUUGCUCUUCGGGAUGUUUAUCGUCUGGCUACGCGCCAGUUCCCUACGAAGGUGAGCCUCUGGAAGGACUGGCUGGAGCACGAGUUGCGGCAGGGGAAUCUGGCCCAGGUGGACGACAUCUUUCGGGAAUGCCUCUUGGAGGUCCCUUCCGUGGACCUGUACCUCCUCUACGUGGCGCGCGUCCGAAAAACAAAUCCGGCCUCGCUCGGGGAUGGGGCUUCGCCCGAAGCCGUGGCGGAGCAACGCGCGCGUGUGACGGCCGCCUUUGAACUAGGAGUGAGGCAAGUGGGGGUGCUCGUGGACGCGGCUCCCUUGUGGUGGGACUACAUUCGUUACGUGGAAGCGUGGAAGGACGAGAAUGGGCGGGAUGAGGAGAAGGAGCAACUUCACUACUUGCGGCGCAAAAUUGACUUUGAGAAAAGCAAUCCGGAGAACGUGGAUCCGGUGGCGCUGAAAGACCGAGUCCGCUUGUCUUAUCGGCAAGCAUUUGCCUAUUUCUAUCAUUUCCCCGAGGUCUGGUACGAAUUUGCGGCCUACGAACAGGAAAGUGACGACGUGGUGGCCGCCGCGUCCCUUUUUGCCCGGGCCGCGCGGGCAGUGCCGGACUGCCUGCUCCUUCAUCUGGCUUGGGCAGAGCUUGAGGACGGCCGGGGCCGAGGGGACAAGGGGGCCGAGAUUUUGAAGGGCUUUCUGAUCCAAGAGCCGAGCACGUUGGGGUACGUGGCAUACCAACACUACGUUCGACGGACGCAGGGAAAAGAAGCGGCGCGGAAGGUGUUCACCGCCACCAAGGAUUUGCGCCGGAAGGGCGUCUUGACCUACCACUGGUACUUGGCCCAUGCCCAGUUGGAGGAGCACGUGAACCACGAGCCGCAGGUGGCCCGACGGGUCCUUGACCACGGUCUCAGCUUGCACUCCUCCUUUCUCACGGAGCCCGAGUACGUGGUUGCGACCAUGGAGGUGUUGAUCCGCCUUCAGGAUGAGCAGAACGUCCGCAGUUUGGCUGAUCGGGCCUUAGCCGUGUUGGAGGCAGGGGUCUCGGCAGGCCCUGGAGCAGGAGGGGAACGGGAAGAGGUGGCGACGGCAGCCGCGGCCAUGGCUGCCGCGGAGAAAGCGCGGCCCAUUUGGUUCAAACUCUUGGAAUUUGAGACGUGCGUGGCGAGCGACCGGGACCCCGCCCGGGUCGAAAGAAAGACAGUUCGGACGACCUGUUGA